AGUUACAACUUCGAUGAAUUACCAAGUUUAUGGACACCGACCAGUUUAAUCUGUGUGCUAAAAAUCAAAACUGUUUCGUAAUUCAGCGGCAGUGUUUCCCCUCUACUGUUGUGUAGUACUUGAGUACUCCAUCUUCAAUAAUCUAUUUUUUUAUAAGUAGAACUUGGAAUUUUCAUCCCAAAUGCGUGAAAAAGUAGCUAAAAGUUUCGGACCUACCGAAGCAAACUUAGAUUCAUCGUCCAAUUUCAGCAUCUGGAGAUGUUUUAGAUUAUUGAUCUCAGUGGCCAUCUGCACGGGCUUAUAAAACUUGUCUGAAGCUGUUCAGCCAGAGAAAUAUUAAUCAAGCUAGUGUUUUCAACUAGAUUUUGAAGUGUUCUUUGCUUCUGCGUUAUAAUUGAAUCCUGACCACUUUUUUGGACUAUAAAGAUGUCGUUCUUGUCAAAAUUACGUUAUAUAACUGUUGAUGUUACUGGUACUCUCAUUGCUUACAAAGGGGAGCUGGGGGAUUACUAUUGCAUGGCUGCAAAAGCUGUAGGAUUGCCUUGUCCUGACUACAAACGUGUACAUGAAGGUUUCAAACUUUCAUACACCGAAAUGGCAAAGAAGUAUCCUUGCUUUGGCCAUGCUGCAAAGAUGCCCAAUAUUAUUUGGUGGAAGACAUGUGUUCGUGACUCCUUCAAAAGGGCUGGAUAUGACUACGAUGAGGAUACAUUUGAGAAAAUAUUUAGGCGCAUAUAUGCAUCGUUUGGCUCAUCCGCACCUUAUGUUCUCUUCCCUGAUGCAAUUCCUUUCCUAAGAUGGGUUCGCUCAAAAGGUAUUCCGAUUGGGCUUGUUAGCAAUGCAGAAUACCGCUAUCAAGAUGUUAUUCUUCCAGCCUUAGGCUUAAAUCAGGGUUCUGAAUGGGAUUUCGGAGUAUUCUCUGGGCUUGAAGGUGUGGAGAAGCCAAACCCAAGGAUUUACGAGAUUGCAUUAGAGAGAGCUGGAAAUAUUGCUCCGGAAGAAGCUUUACACAUUGGAGAUAGCUUUCGUAAGGAUUAUCUUCCAGCAAAGAGUUUGGGUAUGCAUGCAUUGUUACUGGAUAGAUUUAAAACCCCAGAUGCCGAGAACUGGAGAAAGGCUGGAUCACCUAUCUUUCCAGACUUGACAUCCGUGAAAAAUCUUCUAGAUUCUGGUAACAUUGACUUGCUGAAAGAUAAUUGACUUCAUUUCAAGAUCUUUUUUUUAGGGCCUCUUUCGUUGUCUGUUGUAACUCAUGUGAAAUCAUGUCUUCCAUUGACAUCCACACCUGCUCUAAGUAGGAAAUGUAAUUGUUGUGUUUGGCACACAAGACGCAUAGCGCAUAUUCAUGCACAAAUCCUGCUUCUCAUGUGCUGCUUAUAUUAACCAACUGUUGUUGAUGAA